AUGGCAGAAAUUGACUUGCAAAUGUUGUUUAAAUUCAUAAGUGAAUUCGAUGGAAGUAGGGAAAAGUUGAAUCCUUUCCUCAAUAAUUGUAGAAAUGCUAUUGAACUAGCAUCACCACAUCAAAUAGAUAUUCUUUUUAAAUAUAUAAUUAGCAAACUUGAAGGUCGGGCACAGAUUGCUUGUUCAAUCAAAGAAUUUACAGACUGGGAACAACUUGAGGAAUUUUUAAAAAACCAAUUUGGUGAAAAGAACUAUUACAUUCAUUUAUUAUGUGACCUUCAAGCGUGCAAACAAAAUUACAAUGAAGUCGUUAAUCAGUUUGCUCUAAGAGUAGAAACCUGUUUAGCUAAAUUACUCACGAAAAUAAACAUUUCUAUUCCUACUAAAAAGAAACUAGAACUCUCUGGUCGAGUCGCUGCAAUGCAGGAUUUGGCCCUUCAUACAUUUAUCACAGGACUCAACCCGAAAUUGUCUACUAUAGUCAGGUGUCGAGAUCCCGACACCCUUAACAGUGCUAUUAACUUUGCUGUAGCCGAAGAAAAGAUUCUACAAACGUAUAAGCCACAACCGUCUUCAUCUCAUACAGGCCAAUAUGAACGACCUCGUCAAAAUUCUAACGUCAGAUAUGAUGGUAAUCGACAGACGUCUUCAAAGUCCUCGAAUGUUAAUUUUACUCCGGGCAACCCAAUAAUAUGUCGUUAUUGUAAAUUUUUGGGCCAUUCGUUAGAAAAUUGUAAAAGGAGAGAAUAUGAUAAUAAAUACCGAAAUAACUUUACUGCUAAUCAACCUACUACAUACACACAAAAUCUUGUUCAGCGUGUUAAUUAUGUGGAGGACAUUCAGUCCGAAGCUGAACCCAAUUGUCUUGAGGGUAGUAAUUUAAACGAGUAA